UUUUUGGUUUUAAAUUCAUUUUUUGAUUUUAAACAUUUAAAGUUUGUUUUAAUCUGUUCUAUUUAGUUUCAUACAGAAUGGUUUUCUGCAGACAGCUAUCUUAGAACCUCGCUGGGUCAUCAUCAUCUUAUGGUGGAGGAAGGUACAGGACAGGGGAUACCUUUGGUAAGUCGUUAAGAAAUUGUGCCGAUUUCUAUGCGCAGCGGAGAAAUCGAAAUUUCUUAUGACGCCCCUAGUACUGUUGUGUAUGGAGUGUUUGGUCUGAAACUGGUUUUGCUAAGGUUGUACUGUGUACAGGUGUAUUCGGUCUCAGUCAGGCUUCGACCGAAGGCAGGUGACCGGAGCAGUAAUGGAUAACAUUGUACCUCCGGGCAGUGAUGCGCCUGGUGUUUUCACUAUUCAGAUUCAUGAAGUUGAAUUGUUGAAAAAGCAAAUUGCUGAGUUAGCUGCGGACAAAGUUAAAAUUAAAGAAAUGGCGCGCGAAGGCCAGAAAAAAGGGGAAAUCGCAAAGCAUAAGUCGCCUCAAAUUAAAAGAUCUUUAGGGUUCCUCUAUGAGGUAAAUUGGGGAUUGGAGGACGCCGAGGAGGCUCUGGAUAGUCUUUCGACUUAUGCAGUAGCGCCAGAGAAUGCUGAAUUGUAUUCUGAAAAGAUCACUGCUACAAUUUCUAAGCUUAAGAAAUUACAAGAGUUAGUGAAGGAUGAAGUUACAGCUAAUAAGAUUGCGAGUAAAGCUAAUUUUGGCUGGAAAACAGUUAAGCUGUUUGAGAAUGAUUCUAUUUUCGAAGGUGAGAAUGCGGAGACUCUUUCUAAGAAGCUUAAAUCGGCCGAGUACCAGGCUUCUCGAGAAUAUUUUAGGGGUAAGAGAGGGUUUUUGGGCAAGCGACGUUUUUCUGGCAAGCCUUCGAGAUGGGACUCUUCUCCUGCUCCUGCAGCUUCCUCUACUACUGCUACUGUAACAAGUGCUCCUGUUAAACUAUGUUACAAAUGCAAUCUUCCGGGUCAUUUUCAGCUUAAAUGUCCUAACUAAACAGUUUAUUUUCUCGGAAUUUUUUAAUUCAGUCUACUUUAUUCUGU